GCCACCACUAACUUCCGUGGACAACAUUUUUGCUUGGUGCAUGCAAUCAGCCUAUACGAUGAUUAGUCAGCAAGGUGUUUGAUAUUUUUAUUAAAUGAAAAGUGUAGUGUGCUUCUGCUGGUUUUCUAAUCCUCUUCUCCCCAUUUUUGUUUAGCUAGUGGAGUCCCUAGACUCCAAACCAAGACGUGUUGCUAUUGUAUAUUUCUUUAAAAAAUGAACUACCUUCAUCUCCAGAUAUCUAUAUAUAUUUAGUUGGCAAGCUCUCCAUUUACAGAAUAAGAGAGAUUGAGAAAGUUUGAGUAGUAUAAUAGAGCUUAUGGAGUCCUGGGCUAAGUUUUGUCAGAAAGCAAAGCCAUUUUUGGCUGUGAUUUUUCUGCAGUUUGGGUAUGCAGGCAUGUCUAUAAUUUCAAAAUUUGCUCUAAAUAAAGGGAUGAGCCCACAUGUAUUGGUGGUCUACAGGCAUCUUGUUGCCACCAUUGUUAUUGCUCCAUUUGCCAUUGUUUUUGAUAGGAAGGUGAGGCCAAAGAUGAACAUCUCCAUCUUUGCUAAGAUACUGUUGCUAGGCUUGUUGGAGCCAACUAUUGAUCAGAACUUGUAUUAUACUGGCAUGAAGUACACCACAGCAACUUUUGCUUCUACUAUGUGCAACAUACUUCCUGCUUUUGCUUUUCUUAUGGCUUGGGCCUUGAGGCUUGAGAAGGUUAACUUGAGGAAAUUGCACAGCCAAGCAAAGAUAUUGGGGACUCUAGUGACAGUGGGAGGAGCAAUGUUAAUGACUUUAAUUAAAGGACCAAAGCUGGAUUUUCCAUGGACAAAAGGCUAUGAUGUUCAUGGAUCCACCAGUGCACUAACAUCAAAUGAUACCAUUAAGGGUGCUUUUAUGAUUGGAGUAGGCUGCUUAUGUUGGUCUGGUUUCAUCAUCCUUCAGGCAAUAACACUGAAAACAUACCCAGCUGAGCUCUCCCUAACAGCUUUGAUAUGCUUGAUGGGCACCAUUGAAGGCUCCAUUUUUGCUGUCAUAAUGGAAAGGGGAAAUCCCUCUGCCUGGUCUCUACACUUUGAUUCUAGAUUAUUAGCUGCUGUUUACAGUGGAGUAAUUUGUUCAGGAGUUGCAUAUUAUGUACAAGGAGUGAUAAUGAAGAGCAAAGGUCCUGUUUUUGUAACAGCUUUCAAUCCUUUAAGCAUGGUUAUAGUAACAAUUCUAGGCUCCUUUGUCUUAUCAGAGAUUGUGUAUUUAGGAAGGGUUAUUGGAGCACUAGCCAUUGUCAUUGGCUUAUAUCUAGUGCUGUGGGGUAAGAGCAAGGAUCAAUCUCCAUUAACUUGCAGCAAUGAUAAGGUGGCUGCAACAACUUCACAAAUGGAUGGGAGUUUAGAGAGUUCAAAUCAAGAAUCUGUUGCCAUUGACGUCACCAAAUUGAGGCCUACUCAUGAAUCAGUUUGAAGGAAAUUCUAAUUCAGUUACAAAAGUCAUGAAUAAUAAUUGCAAGGAAUUUAUGAUAAAUUUUGUCCUUUUCUUUUCCUUUCUUUUCUAGAGAUCUAGUGAGAGAGAGUUUUGGCAAAGUUUUGCUAAAAUUAGACUCAACCUUGUAAGAUUUUUUUUUUUUUUGGAUGUUCAAUAAUGUAAACUGAAAAAGGAAGUUAAAUUAUCCAGUGGGU